AAUCUGCGCCAGUGUGCUGGCGAUUAUCCGUCUUUCGCUGCCGUGCUCCGCCUUGCAGCGCUUUUCUCCUCCUGUUCCCCUCCCUAUCGCCGCCGCCGCCGCCGCCGCCGCCAAUGGGCAAAAAAGCCAACUCUCAGCCGGACUCCGCCUCGUCCCACUCCAGGGACGAAGCCUAUCUUCAGGCUGUCAUUCCCAAGCGCAUCGCCCUCUUCGAGUCCGUCAAAUCCGAACUACUCGCCUACCGCCAAUCUAUCUCCGGCGAUCCGAUCAAGGGUGUCUUUGCCGGAUGGGAAUGGGAGCGUGAAGGAAGGCAAGAAAUGGAUGUCGACUCCACUCGACAUUGUGAAGGGGAGUUUGAAUAGUUUGGCAGCGAACGCACUGAUUUCGAAGGUUAAUGGAGUGAUGUGGGACAUGGCGAGGCCGCUUGAAGGUGACUGUGACCUCAAAUUGUUCACAUUUGACAGCGAUGAAGGUCGCGACACCUUCUGGCAUUCUAGUGCUCACAUUCUCGGGCGGUCCCUUGAGAUGGAAUACGGGUGCACGUUAUGCAAUGGGCCAUGUACUACAAGAGGGAGAACUUCCUCUUUGCCUAGCCUAUUUUGGUGUCCUGCAUCGGAAUGAGGCCAGUGGUGCACUUAGCGGAUUAACUCUUUUCAGGAGAUUUCAGUAGGAUGAUGCUCAUUAUCUUUUAUAGGGAGUCCCAG